AUGAUAGUGGGUAAUAAAUUUUGGGACGAAGAAAAAGAUGCACCAAUAUUGAAACGAAAUGCAAAUUAUAUUAAUCGAGAGAACUGUGAAUAUAUAUGUAAGCGUGCAGAACAUUUUUAUGAUAUAAUGUUAAGUUAUAUAAAAGAAGAUAUAAAUGUCGAAAUAAAAGAAGAUUGUAAUGAUAAAGAGAUAUUAAGAAUAAUAAAAUUAGAUGCUGAAAGAACAUUUAAUAAAGAAGAAAAUCGAAAAUUAUUAAUACAAGUGUUACAAUCAAUAUAUCCAAUAACAAAUGAUUAUCAUCAAGGUAUAUCAUUUAUAUCAUCUUUUUUAUUACUUUUUUUGGAACCUAAAGAUGUAGUAAAAAUAAUAACAGGUUUACAUAAAUAUUAUUUACCAGGUUAUUUUAAAGCUAUGCCAAAAGCAUAUGUAAGAGAUUCUCGAGUGUUUUUAAGUAUUUUAAAUAUUUUUCAUCCCAAAUUAUAUGAACAUAUAAAAAAUUUGAUAACACCUGAAGCAUUUGUUUCCAAAUGGUUUAUAGGAUUAAAUGUGCAUGUGUUAACAUUUGAAUCUCUUAUGUUAUUUUUUGAAAACUUAUUAAAAGAAGGAGAAAUAUUUUUAUUCAAAUAUAGUAUUGCUUUAUGUAAAACAUUAGAAAAAGAAAUAAUUAAUACAAGUGAUGUUUCAAAAUUAUUAGCAUUAUUAAGAUUAGAUCAAAAGCUUUUCCCAAAUGAUUACAAAGUAUCAGAAGGUCAAAAAAUUGGAGAAUUUUUUUUGAAUAUCAUACAUACUGCAAAGACAAUAGAUUUAUCAAAUAUUAAUUUACAUAAAUUAAGAGACGAAGCGUAUGAACAAAUGAGAUUAGAAGAGGAAAGAAGAAAACAAAUUGAAAUGGAAAGACUCUUAACAGAUGAUGAAAUUAUAUUUUCUGAUGAAGAGGAUUUUACUCAAGCAGAAGAUGAACCAGAAAGUGAAACAGCAGGAGUAGACGAUGAAAAUGAGGGAGAAAUAAAAUAUACAGAAGAUGAAAAUGAAAAAAAAAAUGACAAAAAUGAAAUGGUUGUGGAAACAAAAAAUGUUCAAGAUUUGAAGGAUGGAAAAGAUAUUGAUAUGAAAUAUUCAAAGAAUGAGGACCUUAAAAAUAAUGAUAAUAUAGGAAAGGUAGAUAAUAAGGAGGCUAAAAAUAUUCAUGAAAAAAAUCAAAAGUGUUCACAAGACAAUAUAAAUAAGGUAGAAGUGAAAGUUGAAGUUAAUGAAAAAAGAGAAAUGGAAGAAUAUUAA